CUCCCAUCUACAAGGGAUACACCUGCUUAUCCUCGUGUUAUAGGUUGCCACGGGAUGAACUAUUCUUACUUAUGCGGGUAAGUCGCAGGUUAGAUGCCUGGUAAGUCUUGAAUUGUAGAACCGAAGCCAGAGAGACGGAGCCCUUGAGUCUUCGCAGGUCCUUAGGUCUCCGGGGGACCAGGGUCGCUGAUGAACUGCGUGUGUGGCGUGAAAAAUUUCGAGGUUUAUGCGGUUCUCGUACCACCCUCUUUUUCUGGUCCUAUGUCAUGUCAAUAGUUGCAUGCGCAUACAUCUGAUAUGUAUGUCUGUAUAUGCAUGUACAAUACCUAGUAUCGUCUGUAUUGGCUGCAGGGAUUACGACAGGGAAAAGAAAAAAGAAAAUAAGAUGCGUGCGAUGAUCUUUGAAGAUCUUGUAGAGACCAUCCUAGCUCCAAUGACAACGCCAAUGACCUAGAUCAGCCAGAACACACGUCUUUUCGGUGUGUGUACCUAAGGUAAAACGAAGGGUUACACUGGAUGCUUCCCUCCUCGUGACCUUUUCGGGUCAGCAAGGCUGAGCUCUUGGUCGUUAUGAGACUGGAUAAAUACUUGAAC